UCUGUCCCUGCUGCUCAUGCUCUCUCCCCUCCGCCCUCCGCUCCUCCACAUUCCGCUGGCUCGGCUCAAACUCUCCACCUUUCCUCACCUCCGACCCUCCUUGUUCUCAUAUCCUCCCCUGGCAGAAGCUGGUGACAACAUGCAGAAUGAGCACACCUUCCUGUACUUUGCAUAUGGCAGCAACCUGCUGAAGGAGCGGCUCCAGCUAAAGAACCCCUCUGCAGCAGUUCACUGUGUGGCCAGGCUCAAGAACUAUAGGCUGAUGUUUGGGAACUAUAAAGGCCUUGCCAGUGACCGCUGGCAUGGAGGUGUGGCCACCAUAGAGCACAGCCCAGGGGACAAGGUGUGGGGUGUGGUGUGGAGGAUGAGCAUGUCUGAUCUGGAGUCUCUAGACAGUCAAGAGAAUGUGACGUUAGGUGCCUACAGUCCUGUGGAGCUGUCAGUGAAGACAAAACAGCAGGAGAUCAACUGUCGUACUUACAUAAUGAACAGCUGUGUGUACGCCCCCCCGUCACCACAGUACAUGCAGGUGAUCGUGAUGGGAGCAGAGCAGAACAGCUUGCCAAAGGACUACCAGGAGAAGCUGAGAGCCAUCAAGACCAACAUGUACGAGGGUCCUCUACCCAUGAUGGCUGAACUGGAGCAAGUCAGAAGAGGAGCCAAAGAGAGGGCCAACCAUCGCUCUGAUGCUUGAUAAUCCAUCAGAAUCCAGAUCCACUGUGAACUAUGGGAACGUCUGUGUAAACCCUGUAGCUGACCUCAUACUGUAGCAGAACAACUUCAUAUUGAAUCAACACCUAUUGGCCAGCCGGGUCUCUGAGUAUCAACUACUUACAUUUAGCAUUAAUCUACAGAUGAUAAUAACAUUUGUUUUUUGACGGCAUAUACAGGUGCAAUUUACACCUACAUAUCAACAUAGCGAGUACAGUACUUUAAAAAAUAUAUAUAUUUCAAUGCUACUUUCUUGCAUGUAACACCGCUUUGAGUCAUGGACAACAUAAAUAUUCCCUUUACCAUAUUGAUGGUACUGCAGUUAAAGGGUGAUGCAGAAUGAUGUGUCACUUCUUCUCCACCAUACCAAUCUAUGAUAUUUUGAAAUUCAAAAUCAGUGGCUAUUAUUCGUCUUAAAGGAAAGAAUACAGUAAUAUUUGUUGUGCUAGGUGUCCCUUGUCACCUCACCAACUGUAACAUUAUUGGAAACAUUAUUAAA